AUGUACCGCACAGCCCUUCGGACCGCAGGGCCGAGCGCACUGCGCGCUGCCCGACCAACCCUCGCGUCCGGGUCCCGGCGCUACGUUUCCACCGUUCCUCCGCCCCCGCCGAAAAGGAAGAGGGGGACAUGGAAAGGCACCUUUUUACGAUGGGGCCUUGCAGGCGGCGCCGUCUACUUCUACAAUACCAGUCCCAUCUUCGCCGAUGAGGAAGCCUCACACGUCGGGCCAGCACCCCCCCAUUUUUCUGAUGCCGACCUUCCCACCGUUGAUGCCUUGAUCCAAGAGAAGCGCCGCCAAGCCGCGGCCGCUAUCCCGCCACCGAAGAAGGAACCAAAGCCCAAGGCGAUCGAAGGGAAACCCGAGGAAGCCGACAAAACUCUAGGCUCUGUCGAGGGCAAGGAUGAGGAAAAAUCUGGAAAAUCCGGACCAACAGACGCGGCCACGGUCGGAGCGGGAGCGCUGGAGCCCGGCUCGCCCGAGGCCCUUGAACACGAAGCUAGGCAUCAGGGCGCUUUCGACCCUGAGACGGGUGAAAUUAACUGGGAUUGCCCGUGUCUCGGCGGCAUGGCGGAUGGGCCGUGUGGGGAGGAGUUCAAGGCGGCGUUCAGCUGCUUUGUGUAUUCCAAGGAGGAGCCCAAGGGCAUGGAUUGCAUUGACAAGUUCCAACACAUGCAGGACUGCUUCCGGAAGUAUCCCGAUAUCUACGGCGCCGAGCUAGCCGACGACGACGAGGAAGCUGGUGCUUCGGACGCGCCCACCAAAGACGUGAUAAAAGACGCUGAUGCCGAAAAGGAGGUAGCACCACCAGCUAAGGGAGGCGCUGAGGUGAUCCCUAAGGAGGCGGUCGAUGCCACGGACGCGAACAAAGAGAAAAAGAAGGGGGGGCAAUAG